UCGUUUUCCCCCGCCUCUCACUCGGGCUGAGCUGCGGCCAUGGCCGCCCUGCGGAGCCUCCUGCGGUGGCGCCUGCUGGGCCCCCCGCGCGCCUGCUCGCUGCCCGGCGGGCCGGAGCUGGCCAGGUCGCUGGGGGCCGGCGCGGGGCAGGAGGCGGCGGGGCCGGGCCGGCGGGGGGAGCUGGGCAUGGCGGCGGGGGCGGCCGGGGGGGCUCUCGCCUGUUACCUGGGCUACCGGCUUUAUGAGCGCCGGGUCGGGCGGCGGCCGGAGCCCCCCCGGCCCCGUGGGGCGCAGACAGCCGCCGAGCGCCGACCCGCGGGAGCCGGAGAGCCCGGCCCGGCCCGGGGGCUGCUGCCCAUCCCCGUAGCGGCGGCCGCCAAGGAGACGAUCACAGACAGCACAUUAGACCUUGAAGAUCUGGACCUUUAUGCAACUUCUCGAGAGCAACGGUUUCGUAUAUUUGCCAGUUUAGAAUUUGAAGGCCAAUUAUAUAUGACCCCAUAUGACUUCAUUCAGUCAGUUACAAGUGAUGCACCCAAACGUGCUAAAAAGUGGAGAUCCCUUUCAAAACAGGAAUUGAAUCAAAUACUUAUAGAGACACCACCAGUUUGGAAAGGAUCAUCAAAACUUUUCCGUAAUCUUAGAGAGAAAGGUUUGAUUUCCUACACAGAAUAUCUGUUUCUCCUUUGUAUCUUAACAAAGCCUCAUGCAGGUUUUAAAAUAGCUUUCAACAUGUUUGAUACUGAUGGCAAUGAGAUGGUCGACAAAAAGGAGUUCUUGGUGCUUCAAGAGAUAUUUAGAAAGAAAAAUGAGAAGAGAGAAAGAAAAGGAGAUGAAGAGAAACGUAUAAUGUUGCGCCUUCAACUCUAUGGAUAUCAUACUUCUACUAACAGUGUACUUAAGACAGAUGGAAAGGACCUUGUCCCCAGAAGCUAUUGGGAUACAUUGAGACGUAGCACAAGCCAAGCCCUCUUUUCGGAUCUUGCAGAGCGUGCAGAUGACAUCUCAAGUUUGCUGUCUGAUACUACACUGCUUGUGCAUUUUUUUGGCAAGAAGGGAAAGGCUGAGUUAAACUUUGACGAUUUUUAUAGAUUUAUGGAUAACCUACAAACCGAAGUUCUAGAAAUAGAAUUCCUUUCCUAUUCUAAUGGGAUGAACACCAUCAGUGAGGAAGACUUUGCUCAUAUUCUUUUGAGAUAUACAAAUGUGGAAAAUACAUCAAGUUACCUGGAAAAUGUACGUUGCAGGAUCCCUGAAGAAAAGGGUAUCACAUUUGAUGAGUUCAGAUCAUUUUUCCAGUUUUUGAACAACCUAGAAGAUUUUGCAAUAGCAAUGCAAAUGUAUAAUUUUGCAAAUCGUUCCAUAGGACAAGAUGAAUUCAAGCGUGCUGUGUAUGUAGCUACAGGCCUGAAGCUUUCAGCACAUUUGGUGAACACAGUCUUCAAGAUCUUUGAUGUUGACAGAGAUGACCAGCUGAGUUAUAAAGAAUUUAUUGGCAUUAUGAAGGACAGAUUGAAUCGAGGGUUCAGGGGAUACAAAACUGUACAGAGGUAUACCACUUUCAAAGCCUGCGUGAAGAAGGAACUCUAUAGCAGAUAAGUUACGGAGACCCCAAAAUAUGGUUUGAAGGAUUACUAUGUUUGUGUGACGACUGUAACAAGCAAACAUUUAAGAGAGCUCUGGAAGCAAUUUCGGAGUCGAGAUAUGCUAGGAUAAAAAACUGAAGGAAAGAAAAAACUUCAGCAUUUGGUUGCUACUAUUUUUCCUAGAUAUUGUGUGUGAAACAUGACAUAACACAGGUAAACUAUGUAGUUUUCACUUGCAGCACUAUGCACUGAAUCACCAUUGGGUUUUUUCACUUGAUUUGCUGAUGUAUUCAUGGAUUUUUUUCAACCACUUUUUCAGUUUGUGUUUUGUUUUAAGAGUUGACUUACACUGUCAUCUGGCCUAUAAAAGUAUAUCUUAAAUAAUGUGUAUUUAAAGAAAUUUGUUGUUUGUAUUUAUUUUGAGAUGUGCCUUUCAUUUAAAGAAUUUUUUUUUCAUUCUGGUGAAUGUGUCUUUUGGCAGUGGUGAAAAAUUAUUUCCGUGUGGUGGGGAUGUGAAUUUGUUUUUAGAAAAUGAAUAUUAUAUGAAGUUUGUGUUAAAACAGGGAUGAGAAUGCACUUUGUAGCAGAACAAUUGCAUAAGUGUGGAAUGUACAGGUUGUAAGUACUCAUGAGUCAACAGAGCUGUCAUUUAAAAACAACUAUAAAUAGCAGUUGUGAUAUAGGAUAAUGUGAAUUACUGAUUGCUGUUAAUUAAGAGGUACUGAUGUCCAACAGCUGUAAGUCUUACUAUUAUAAUCUUACUGAUUCCGUUUAAUAAAAUCUCCUGAUUUUAAGAUGUCUAAUUGUGUACAAUAUAAUGAAAAUAAAAUGGCAAAGUAUUAGCUAAUAUUUUUAUCAUGUUAGGUAAUACAAUGCUACUUAAUAUAUAGCAUUGUGUUUCUGUAACUUUUUUGCCAGAGUAUGGAUUUCAGCUUAGUUAUGUAUUACUUGUUAAUAAUGCACUUUUCAUAAAAGUUGGGCAUGGUAUGGAGCAGAAAUUAAUCCUCUCCAGUUCUGCUAGACUGGCAUGCAGUACUGAAAAAAUAUUGCCCCUGGGGUGUGGCUUUAAAAAAAUUAAAAGGAAUGCAGGCAAUAGCACAGAGCUACAGCCAGUUACAAAAUGUUACAAUGAUAAAUGUAAACACCAUGAGACUUUGGAAUUCUACCUGAAUCAAAUUCUAGAAAUAAAGAAUAAGUCUUUAAUACAGCUAUGGGUUAUGCAAGCAAUCUGUAGCCUCCCUGACCUCAUGUCUGUAGAUUUCUAUGUUGUGAAGAAUGAUUUUGUUGUUGUUGAAUUAGGCCCUAAAAAGUCAUGAUUAAUGAAGCACAGUUCUGCUUGUUUUUACAUAUCCACAGUCUUUUUUGCUUGGCUGGAGGGGCAGGUUUGCCUCAAUGUAGCAAUUGCAUUUAAAAGUUUUGCACUGCUUUUACAAGGCUGAUAGCAUAAAGUAAAUAAAACCCUAAUACUAACACACUUUAACACACACAAUUUUAAUGUUACUCUUAGGAAAAUUUAUUGAAUAUGAAAUGAAUCAGAAUUUACAUAAAAGCAAUCUGUGAAUGAAAACAGGGAUUAUCUAAUAUUAAUCUAUUUACAUUGUUAUUGUUUACAUAUUGUUUACAGUUGUAAAAAAAGGUUUGGUUUAGUGGUGCUAUUCAGCUAUUAAGCACAACAUAUUGUUUUUAAUCUUUCAUUGUUAUCACAAACACAACAAAGAGUUUUAUUCUUUCAUCAUGUAGAAUGUGGCUGUCUGUCACUUCAAAGACCAUAUAGUAUCUUUAAAUGCAUGAAUAGAAAAGAAUAUGUUUUCUUCUAUGUUAAUAACCUUAAGUUCCAGGACUAAUCAAUU